AUAAGGGGGUAGACAUCUUGAAAUUUGGAGAAAAAGAAAAAAUUUGAGUUGGAAAAUUAAAGCCAAAGGAUUUAAAAAAAAUCACAGUAUCAAACAAUUUCCCAUGGUAGAUUUUUUGUAAAUGGAUGAAGGAGAACUUUAGAGAAGAUAAUGGCCUCUCAAUGUAAUAUAAACAAGUUCAGGCUAAAUAGAAUUUGUUAUAAACACUGUAGACUUCGUAGAAGAGUGUUAUAUGUAUAAAUAAAACAAUCUAAGUGCAUAAUUUACUUAAUUAGGAUGUAUCAUCUUAGAAACCUUCUACUAUUUUUUGGGGCCUUUGUGUGUGUACAAUCUAGCCAUAAUAGAGAACCAUUGGUGUCAACGCCGUUUGGUGACAUAAGAGGUACUUUUCUUACUAGUAGACUCGGAAAACAAAUUUAUUCGUUCAGAGGAAUUCGAUAUGCCAAACCACCGAUCAAUGAAUUAAGAUUUAAACCACCUGUACCAAUAGAAAAAGUAGAAGGAGUUUAUGAUGCCACUAAAGAUGGACCGUCAUGUCCACAACCAGGUUCAAAUCCAAUGUCAGAGGACUGUUUGUUUCUUAAUGUUUACUCUACGAAGCUUCCUUCUGGUAAAAAUAAUCCGAAACGACCAGUAAUAAUUUAUAUUUAUCCGGGAGCUUUCUAUAUUGCUCAUUCAGCUAGCAAUUGGGCAGGACCACAAUAUUUUAUGGACCAGGAUAUUGUUUUUGUAACGUUUAAUUAUCGUCUUGGAUCCUUAGGUUUUAUAAGUACUGGAGACAAAGAAGCCCCUGGAAACAAUGGACUUAAAGAUCAGGUCGUAGUUUUACAAUGGGUACAGAAAAACAUUGAGCAUUUUGGUGGAGAUCCCCAUUCUGUAACUAUAUUGGGAUAUAGUGCUGGAGCAUGGAGCGUUGUUUUACACAUGGUUUCUCCUCUUUCUGAAGGUUUGUUUCAUAAAGCAGCGUCUUUAAGUGGUUCAUCUUUGGGCAUUUGGCAAUUUCCACAUAAUCAAACAGAUAUCGCAAAGAAACAAGCAAGAAUUCUUGGAUGUCCUGAUGACACAUCAAAAAAUAUUAUUAACUGUUUAAAAACAAAACCAGCAGAAGAUUUCGCAAAUGCUCUCUUUCAAUUUAGGGAAUUUGGAACAGAUCCUAUUUUAAUAUGGUCUCCAGUAAUUGAACCUGAUGUAGGCGAGCCCAGAUUUUUAGCAAACCAUCCUAUUCGUCUGAUUACUAGUGGCAAGAUGAAACAAGUACCCUAUAUAUGUGGAAGAACAACAGAUGAAUUUAAUUAUUUAGCCUUAAAUGUGCUUAGAAACGAAACUUUAUCCGAAGAAAUGAGCAACAAUUUUGAAAAAAUAGCUCCUAUUUCAUUUACAUAUGAAAGAGAAACAGAAUUUUCUAAGAAAGUCAGCAGAGCCAUUAAAAAACAUUAUUUCCAUGAUGCACCAAUAGAUUGGAGUCAAGAAACGGCACUAAAAGAGCUAUAUGAGGACGCAAUUGUAGGAUUCCAAAUGCAUCGGGCAGCAAAACUAAUAUCUAAAUAUAACAAGAAUCCUGUAUAUUACUACAGGUUCAGCUACCAAGGUCGCUACAGUCACGUAUAUAAACGUGGUACAAACAAUACAAUACCAUAUGGGGUAGUUCAUCAUGAUGAUUUAAUUUAUUUAUUUUAUAUUUCAAAAAUCUUUCCAUUAUUCAAAGAACAUUCCCCAAAAGAAGUAGAGAUGGUAGAAAAAUUGACCAGACUGUAUGCUAAUUUUGCCAAAACUGGAAAUCCAACACCUGUUAGGUCGAAAAUAUUGGAUAAUACAUUGUGGGAACCAUAUACUCCAACAGAACGCAAAUAUUUGGACAUUGGCAAACAGUUAGUAAUGAAGGAGAAACUUCUUGAGAAUCGCUUCCAAUUUUGGGAUAAACUGUAUCCUAUUAGUCUGUAUUUAGAAGAAGAUAGCAUGCACUAAAUUAAACUUUGGGAACGAGUAUUAUGUUAAAAAACUAUUUACUUAACAAAUACAUAAUUUUUAUUGAAAA